AUGGUGGCUGGUGUUGCCUGUGCUGCGGUCAGUGCGCUGGCCGAAAGUGCAACCUCUGGGCAUGAACCAGCGCCUCACCUGAUGCUCGGUGUUUUGAUGUGCUCCCUCGGAGAUGUUGCUGCAGCCAUGACCUUGAUCUUGGCAUCGGCGUUUGGGAGCACGUUGGACCCGCCGCUGAAUCCUUUAGACACGAUUUUUUACAUGGCUGUGCCCUGCGCCUUAACGCUGCUGCCAGCAUCUCUCUAUGCCUCACACCCGGUGGAUUGGCCCAACUUCGGCGUACUCACAGACUGGGAGGUCUAUCAAAAAGUUCACGUCCUCAGUCCAGGCACCAUCUUCCUGGUAAUCGCAUCAGGAAUUGUUUCUGCUGGCUACAACUUCAUUCAGUACACCGUGGUGCAGUCUUUGUCUGCGAGUCACGCAGCCUUUGCGGGAAACUUUAACAAAGCCGCUACGAUCUCAAUCUCCAUCUGCUUGGGGCUAGAGACUCUUCCUGGUGGCAAGUGGAAAUUCGUCAUGCUACUAGGAAUUGCUGGGAACAUCCUUGCGUUCACAGCAUGGAGUUACCUUCAAGCAAUGCGUAAUCCAAGCAAGGAAGAAGGGAAAAGCCCAUCCUGA